AUGGCCGCCCUGCGUGUCCUGCUGCCCCGCGUGUGCGGCCCGCUGCGGCCCCGGGCCGGCUGCCCGGAAGUGCGCUCCUUCGCCUCAGGUACCCAUUUCGAGUACAUCGUCACCGAGAAGAAGGGGAAGAGUAACAACGUGGGGCUGAUCCGCCUGAACCGGCCCAAGGCGCUCAACGCACUGUGCAACGGCUUGGUGAUGGAGUUGAACCAGGCACUGGAGGCCUUUGAGGGGGACCCAGCCGUGGGGGCCAUUGUCCUCACUGGCGGGGAGAAGGCCUUUGCAGCGGGAGCCGACAUCAAGGAGAUGCAAAAUCGCACUUUCCAGGACUGCUACUCAGGAGGCUUCCUGAGCCACUGGGAUAGACUGGCCCGCUCCAGGAAACCAGUGAUCGCUGCCGUCAACGGCUAUGCACUAGGCGGGGGCUGCGAGCUGGCCAUGAUGUGCGACAUCAUCUAUGCAGGGGAGAAGGCACAGUUUGGACAACCCGAGAUCCUCCUGGGAACCAUCCCAGGUGCGGGGGGCACCCAGAGGCUCACACGGGCUGUCGGGAAGUCGCUGGCAAUGGAGAUGGUUCUCACCGGUGACCGGAUCUCAGCCCAGGAAGCCAAGCAGGCAGGUCUUGUAAGCAAGAUUUUUCCUGUUGAGACCCUAGUUGAAGAAGCCAUCCAAUGUGCAGAAAAAAUUGCCAACAAUUCAAAAAUUGUGGCAGCAAUGGCCAAGGAAUCGGUGAAUGCAGCUUUUGAAAUGACAUUAACAGAAGGAAAUAAACUAGAGAAGAAACUCUUUUAUUCAACAUUUGCCACUGAGUGGGAGGCCCGGGCCCAGAGGUCAGGACGCCGGUACCACCAGGGGAGGUCCGCGGGUGUCUUGGCCUGA